UCGAUUUCUUUCUCCGCCGAGGUAGCGCGUUUGAACGUCGGAAAUUCAGUAUUGAAUUGAUUGAGGUGAAAAUCAGAUCGUAUUGAAGCAAGAAAGUCGCAAUGGACACUGACGGAUCCAAGAGUGCGGAUGAAUUGGAUGUUUUGGGAUUUGGGAACAAAUCAAACUCAUCUCGACCUGCCGCCAAAGAGAAGCCCGUCUCACGGCCUACUUUGGAGGAGUACUACGAUACGACGAAUGGACGCCGCGGCCAGGCGCUGGUGUUUAGCCACAUGAACUUUACGGCGAUGGCCAAGCGGAACGGAACGGACAAGGAUCGGGAUGACAUUUGCACCGCGUUGUACGAAUUGGACUUUAACGUGCACGUGUACGAAGAUUUGAGUCGGAAGGAGGUACUGGAGACGCUGAAGAAGUGGUCUCUAGAGGAUCACUCGGACAGCGACUGCCUGGUGGUGGUCGUAAUGUCUCACGGUGAAGAGGGAGUUCUGUACGCCAGGGACAGCAAGUACAAUGUGGACGCGCUGUGGAAGAACUUUGUCGGGAACGCCUGCCCUUCGUUGAUUGGUAAGCCCAAGAUGUUUUUCAUCCAAGCUUGUCGUGGAGAGGAGUUUGAUGAAGGAGUCACGCUCAAGACGGACGGACCCAAAGACAUGGUCGACUCAAAGAAGGAGCAAGUGUCGUACUCGAUUCCAGCGAUGGCGGAUCUUCUGGUGAUGUACUCCACGUACGAUGGGCACUACUCGUGGCGUAACCCAAAACAAGGCUCGUGGUUCAUUCAGUCGAUGUGCAGGGAGUUCAAGGAGAACGGGCGGGUUCGUGAUCUGUUGACGCUGUUGACCGGUGUGGCCCGGCGGACGGCCUUCGAGUAUCAAUCGUUCGUGCCCAACAAUGAGAAAAUGGACGCCAUGAAGCAGAUGCCUUGUCUAAUAUCGAUGUUGACAAAAACCUUUUACUUUACAAAGAAAACAAAAAGCAAAGUAGUGACUGCAAUAGAAUAAAGGAUAGAUAAG